AUGGCUGCUGGAGCACCUGAGGUGGUAACGGAACUGGAGGACAUUGCUGACGGAGAGCCACUGACUACCCACCUGCUGGACGAUGCCGACUACUUGGAGACGGGCACGUUCAUCAUCUUCAACAACGACGGAUCGGUCAUCUUCAUCCAGUCCAUCGUCUCUUCUGUUGGCAUGUACACACAUCAGCCGGGCGUCAACCUCAAGAUCUGUCCUGGUCCGGCGUUGGCAAAGGCUCGCGGCUCAGAGAGCCCACUGCAGUGGUCGGCAAAGUUUGCCCGCAAGGACAUCCGUCUUGACGACUCCCGUCGGUCCAUGGCCAUCGGCAAGCACGUCUUCAAGUAUGUCCCCGCCGCUGAUGAUGGUUCCACCCGCGCAGAGUACAAGGUCGCGCUUCCGGCUUCCGGUGGGAACGCUAUCGGCGAUCUGCGGGCUACCUUUACCGCAGACUCGCCGUCGUUCAUGAUAUCCGACGGCAAGGUGGUCUUUGGCGUCGAGCCCGAGGCCGACCUCGACUCGCCAGACGCAACCUCGGCUCCCUACUGCCGCAACGUCUUCCCCAUGGCUCGCGCUCAGGUCUCCGGCGAACUCGUCCUGGCCGAUGGCUCGACGCUGGUCCUCUCGGGCCGCGGCUUUGUCUCGCGCCUCCUGCAGAACGUCAAGGCCCAUAAGAUCGCCAACACCUGGUCGCUCGCAAAGUUUGACUCGGACCAUGCUUCGCUCGCAUACGUCUCUUUCCUUACGCCUCCGAGUUAUGGCUCGCAGUGGAUUUCCUUCGGCGCCCUCAUCGUCGACUCGGAAUUGGUGGCGGUGACAACAGACAACUCGUGUGCUACGUCGAACGAGGUCAAGGACGACACCGGGUAUGUUGUGCCGCACGGAACCGCGCUCAACCUCUCGGGCAAGGCGCUUGCCGGCCAGUCGCUUGCCGUACCUGGCUCGGACGUCUUUGCUUCGAUGGUGUGGGAGCACUCGUCGUGGAUCGACAAGUUUGACAUCCUCUCCGCCAUUCCCUGGAUCCUUCGCAUGAUCGUCAAGACAUUUAUCGCCGCUCCCUGGAGCUAUCGCUUCUACGACCCAGCCACGCUCAUGGUGAGUGUGACUGGUGCAGACGAGGCGUCGGCUACCCGUGAGUUUGAGGGCAUGGUCCUCCGCGAGUUCAUCUUCCUCAACCCACCCAAGUAGUGGCUA